AUGACGAAAAGUGAUGGAACGUCUAAUAAUGGAGAGAUCAUUCCAAAACUUGAAGCUAUGUCUCCUGUUCCAUCCCAUCCGUUGCCUAUUCCUACAAAUGUGAAACCAGAAUACAGUUUGGUGUCUGUCCGAUCCAAUGUCCCAAUCAUCCAUUUGAUAUAUGAGCAGCCAGCACCACCCGGAUGGAGAUACGACCUUGCCUGGCACAAAAACGUUUAUUUUUUUAACGAACCGAUCUACUACCGAGAUAAUUACUAUCAUAUCAUUCAUAAUGUUUGA